UCCAGUGCCCCAGUGACAGGGGUUAGCCAGUGUCGAAUGUUUAUUCAACAAUAACUAAUCAAUAAAUUAUUAGAAUGAUGGAAAAUUCUUGUGCGUGGGAAGAGCUCUCAGGCAUUCCAGCUGACCCUCCAGAGAUGAGAGACAGAUGCUCCCAAUGCAGGAGGCCAGUGGGUGUCUGCUGGUGUCCAGGCCUCCCGAGCCCUCGCCUCCACGCAGAAUCGAGGAUAAUCAUCCUCCAGCAUCCUGCAGAGGUCAAGAGGUGCCUCCGGACAGCCCCAAUGCUCUCUCUAUCCCUGGAGCCAGGCAAAUGCCUCACAUUCAGGGGGAAAAAAUUCCCAGGGACGAGACACGAGGGACUGGCGGAAAUCCUCAACGACGAGAACACUAUUCUACUGUAUCCAACUGCUGACGCUGUUGAUAUAGCUGAGUUACCGAGGGUCGGGGUCAAUGGACAGAAGCCUUAUAACUUGGUCUUGCUGGAUGGCACCUGGCCUCAGGCAAAAGCAAUGUAUCAUUGCAGCCCUGCGUUGCACGACUUGAGGGCCUGCAAACUGGUGGGAGUUCCAGCCAGUGAGUACGUGAUAAGGACUCAACCCACUGAGGGGUGUCUGUCGACUCUGGAGAGUGGAGCUCUCUCCCUUACGAUUCUAGAGGGGAAGGAGUGGCUGAAGGACGCUAUGUGUGGACCUCUACGAUAUCUUUGCAAAUUUCAAUUGGACAACGGUGCUGUCACCCACCAGAGCAAAGAGUACCUAAUAAAACAAAAGACAUAUCCAAAAUUAAUAGGAAAACGACUAGCCAAACAAUUACGAAUGAAUCCACAAUUACCUUCGUAGAAACAAUACUUUAAUAACCUAAUGUUAAGUUACUUCAUCCAUUGUACAUUGUCUCUUAAAUAUAUUUUUGUCUGGCGACAGCAGACAGCCAAUUUCAU